AUGCAAGUCAGUGAAGAAGCCAUUACGAGGGUCCAAUCCCUCGCCCAAUCGGGUCUCUCCCGGGUCCCACCCCAAUACAUUCAACCCCAUCAUACCCGACCCGUUUACUACACCCGAAUCGAUUCCGAAAACAUUCCUCUGAUCGACCUCACGUUCUUCGACCCGACCCGCCGAGCCUCCACCCGCGAAUCCAUCGCACGCGCCUGCCGUGACUGGGGCGCCUUCCACGUUACCAACCACGGCGUCCCGCUGUCCCUUCUCGCCGCCAUGCGCCGGGUAGGCCGCGCCUUCUUCACUGACUGUCCCAUGCCGGAGAAGCUCCGGUACGCCUGCUCCGCCGCCGCGUCGGAGGGAUACGGCAGCAAGAUGCUCGCCGACUCCGAUCAGCAGCAGAAUGACGCCGUCGCCCAAGUCCUCGACUGGAGGGAUUACUUCGACCACCACACGCUCCCCCUCUCUCGGCGGAAACCUGACCGGUGGCCGGAGUAUCCCCCCGAUUACCGGGACACGGUGGCUAGUUACAGCGACGAGAUGAAGGUUCUGGCGCAAAAGUUGCUGGCUUUGAUAUCGGAGAGUCUAGGGUUGCGUGCUUCGCGAAUUGAAGAUGCUGUUGGGGAAUUUUAUCAGAACAUCACGAUUAGCUACUACCCUCCGUGUCCCGAACCGGACCUCACGCUUGGUUUGCAAUCGCAUUCUGAUAUAGGGGCGAUCACGCUUUUGAUUCAGGAUGAUGUGGAGGGCCUUCAAGCUCUCAAGAGUGAUGGUAGUGGUGACAAUUGGGUCACUGUUGAGCCCUUGUCAGAUGCUGUUCUUGUUCUCUUGGGUGACCAAACUGAGAUUAUAACCAAUGGAAAGUACAGGAGCUGUGAGCAUAGGGCAACUACUAAUCCUGAUAGAGCACGGCUCUCUGUGGCAACAUUUCAUGACCCUGCUAAGGCAGUCAAGAUCUCCCCUGUCUCUGAACUGAUAGCUGAGUCGUCACCGGCUAAAUACCGUGAUGUUGUGUAUGGAGACUAUGUCUUAUCAUGGUAUACCAAAGGCCCCGAAGGAAAACGAAAUCUUGAUGCAGUUGUGCUGGAUGCUUAG